UUGUUCGACCUCUCUGCCACAGAGGGCGCUGUAUUCAAACAUGCGUUUCAACUUUAUUUACGACACAACUGUCGUGAAUGCCUCUGCGUACUAAAAAAAAGUCUUGCCGCUCUUUUGUAUAGGCUAAGUUUUACUCUUUUUGAAUUCGAAAACUUAGGUCGCACACAUGACCAAGCGGAGAGCAGAGAACAUUUUGCCUCCCGAAAUCCCCAUUAAAAGAAGUUUUCGUUCUCUCUCCAACAUUGAAAAACCUGUCGUAGGUGUGAAUGUGGUCCAAAGCGCUAAGCCAUCCUCGUUAUUGUCAUUCGUUGGACAGCACUGCAGGAAAAGACCGAAGUAUCUCGAAGACCCACUGGAUACCGACAACCUACCGAGAAAAGUGGCUGCAAACAGGGUUGAUUCAGUGCUGGCAGAUAAGAACACAUGCAAGUCUAGAACAUUCGAGGAUGCUGGUAGACCUGUCACGCGACGCUCAUCUUGCGCGCGUCAAAUGGAGUCAAAUAAACAGCCAGAAGAAGAAAAUAACCUUACUGCAGUAGACAAGGUGAUGCACACAGACGAGGAGGACCUCUCUCCAUUCAAUUCCUUCCAGUUCUGGCGGGUUCCACUUCCUGAGUUGGAUAUCUCUCUCUUGGAAUCUGAACCCUCAACUGGGUCUUACACAGCCUCUUUUGCCAAAGAUUUGGAGGCGAUGGAAACCUGAGGAGAUUGCCAGCGCACAGUGACUGGCUCGUUGUUGUAUAGGUGUUGCCAAAUUACCUGACUGGACACGAUGAGAUGAUUCCCCUGAUCUGCACUAGAUGAAUGUAUGAAUAAAGUCUUGUGCUUUGUAUAGUUUGAAGGCUCCAGCAGAAGCUUUCGUUCUGAUGGGAACACAUCAUGGUCAUGUGAUCUCAUUCCUCUUCUACAAAGGUCAUGUUUUCAAAAGUGUGAACACAUAAUGCUGCAUAUUGGACUGAUCAUGUAUGUUUUGUUGUUGUUUUCUGUCAGUAGUUGUAAAAGCAAUUGACUUUUGAAGGUAACACAAGUCUUUUGCUUGGACUGAGCCUGAUUUUUUGCACUGUUUAUGGUGUUCAGUAGGUAUUAGUCAAUUUUAUUCUUUAGUUAAUGUUGUUUUUAUAAAAUUUGGGGCUGUGUUCCUUUCCUCUGAACAACAUUAUAUUUUUGACAACAGUAUGUGGUGCUUCUGAACUUGGUAGAAGGAACAAGUGCUUUGUAUGUUCCAGUGACCUGUAAUUGCAGUGUUUUUGAAGUUGCCCAACAGCAAUAAAAUGUCUUUUUUUAAUACAUGA